UACUGUUCGGUUGUGUUGUAUAUAGGAUUGCUUGCAAAAUGGAGAUGAGCAAACGAAACCCUACAGACAGUCAAGUGAAAACAGAGGGACAAAGCAUAAAGCCACCACCGCAGCCACCGCCAGAAGACAACCAAAAGAAGUUUGUCUGUUAUUCAGAAAAGGAACCAUAUGACUUUGUGGCAGAAAGAUGCGUUUCGAAGCCUACCAAUGUUCUAGAAUCUAUAGGUCAUCUCAUCAAAGGUUGUCUUGGCGGUGGAAUUCUAGGCAUCCACGAGGCUUACAUGAAAGGUGGUCUGUGGACAUCAUUAAUCUUGACUAUUAUCUUUGGAUUCUAUAUAACAUAUUGUGUUUAUCUUCUAGUAAAAUCAGCACAAAUGCUCUAUAAAAGGUUACAUAUAACAGAGAUGUCGUAUCCGGAUGUCGCUGAGGCCUCAUUAGAAAUAGGACCGUUCCCCAGUUUGAAGAAGUACAGCAAGUGGUUUAGAUAUGCUGUAGAUGUAACAAUAUGUAUAGACCUAUUUGGAGCAUGUUGUGUCUAUCAAAUAAUUAUAGCAAAAACUAUAAAGCAAAUUAUAGAAGACUCGUAUGGAAUGACGCCUGGAGACUUGGACCAGUUGAGAUUAUAUAUCUUGGCGUUACUUAUACCAGUGUUAUUGUUAUGUAUGAUUACUACAUUGAAGUAUUUAGCUCCGUUUACACUGGUAGCUGAUGCAUUUAUAGUGGCAUGCGUAGUUGCAACAGUAAUAUACGCAAUGGAGGUGGCACCACCCAUAUCUGAAGUACCAGCCUGGAAGGACAGUUUAGGAUUCUUCGAAUUUUGUGGUAUAGCCAUAUUCAGCAUGGAAGGUAUAGGUGUAUCACUUCCAAUUGAAAAUAAUAUGAAAGACCCAAUGAAGUUUCCGCUUGUUUUAUGUAUUGGUAUGUCAAUCGUUGUUUCCUUUCUAAUUUUGGUUGGAUUUUUUGGAUACUGGGGCUUCGGUGAAAGCAGUAUAUCUCCUGUGACAUUGAACUUCCCUACAGAAACAUUUCCUACAGUCUUAAAAUGUCUGAUGGCCGUUAUGAUCUUCGUAACAUUUGCCCUCAACUUCUGGGCUCCAUUCAACCUGGUGUGGCAUUACGUCUCCAAGAAACAUGAUCCUGCAAAACACUGGAUAUGGGAGAGGAUCUAUAGAGCAACCUUCAUUGUUGUUAUUACAAGUAUUGCCAUUGCUUUCCCCAAUAUUGGCAAUUUGAUGGGUUUGCUGGGUGCAUUCUGCCUGUCCAACAUGGGCUUCAUAUUUCCAGCCAUUAUUGAAGUGUUGGUUAUAUGGGAAGAUCCAGGUCUGGGAAGGUACAAAUGGCGACUGUGGAAGAAUGUAUUAGUUUUAAUUAUAGGCGUAUUAUUAUUUGUAGCUGGUACAUAUUCUAAUCUUAAAGGAUUGGUUAGCAAUUUGUAA